UCUGCAUUAUUAUUUUAAAAAUGAAAUACAGAAACACUACUUCUUAGUCCUUUAAAGUCCUACUGCACAUACCAUUUCUUCGUGGGGUUAUUAGAAAGCUUAGUCCUGAGACAUGAUAUGUAACAGUAUCUGCUUUAUAGUACCUGCUGCAUUCUACUGAUUUUGUAAAGAUUGAAUAUUUAAAAGCUUAUAUAAAGCUUUCAAGAAAAAUGUGCCAGGCAAUAUGCCAAGCAGGAAAUAAAACAAAAAAUUUAAGGUACGUGCCCUAAAACCAACUGGGUGAGGCAGACAGGUAAACAAAUCCCACAAUACACUGUUAAGAGUCGCCAGAGGCUUAAGGAACCAGGGCCCAGCCUCUAAACUCAGCGCGGGGUCCGCAGAGCUGUUUCCUAACAGCGGAUGGUGCUGGGGAUGGUGCUGGCCGGCAGAAGAGGAAGGGUGGGCUGCUCACAGGACACAGCUGUCUGCCGAGGCAGGGAGUUCCGAGUGGCAGAUCCCAGAGCUGCAAGAACUCAGCAUAAAUUUCAGAGUUUACCAAGUUGCAGUGCCCCGGCCUCCAGCGCAGACGCAGACGCCUGCGGCCCCAAACCUCAGUGCCCCAGGCCAGCUUUUCCUUCACCCACAAGUCACUUCCCAAGUUUCUACUCUGCUCCAAGCACUCACCCAAGGAGGACACUCAGGGUUUACAAAGACUUGCUCUCUUUAUCAGCAGUCAUCUGACUUCAGCAUGAUUACCUCUCGGUUACUGGUUUAUGUGGCAGUUUUGGUUCUCUGUGUCAUAAAAGUCAGCUCCCGGGAUACAUUUAUUGCAGCUGUUUAUGAACAUGCAGUGAAAUUGCCUAAUGCCACCCUAGUACCAGUGUCCCAUGAAGAGGCAUUGGCAGUAAUGAACCAAAAUCUGGACCUGUUGGAGGCAGCAAUCACUUCAGCAGCAAACCAGGGUGCACAUAUUAUUGUGACUCCAGAAGAUGGUAUUUAUGGCUGGAACUUUAGCAGGGAAACUAUCUACCCAUACUUGGAGGAUAUCCCAGACCCUGGAGUGAACUGGAUCCCUUGUAAUAAUCCUAAAAGGUUUGGCUACACCCCAGUGCAAGAAAGACUCAGCUGCCUGGCCAAGGACAACUCUAUCUACGUUGUAGCUAAUAUUGGAGAUAAGAAGCCAUGCAAUGCCAGUGACUCUCAGUGUCCCCUCGAUGGUCGUUAUCAAUACAACACUGAUGUGGUGUUUGAUUCUCAGGGAAAACUGGUGGCACGCUACCAUAAGCACAACCUUUUCAUGGGUGAAAAUCAAUUCAAUGUACCCAAGAAACCUGAGGUUGUGACUUUUGACACCAUCUUUGGAAGAUUUGGCGUUUUCACAUGCUUUGAUAUACUCUUCUAUGAUCCUGCUGUUACUCUGGUGAAAGAUUUCCAUGUGGAUACCAUAGUCUUCCCAACAGCAUGGAUGAAUGUUUUGCCACAUUUAUCAGCUAUUCAAUUCCACUCAGCUUGGGCAAUGGGCAUGGGAGUCAACUUCCUUGCAUCCAAUAUACAUCACCCCUCAAAAAGAAUGACAGGAAGUGGCAUCUAUGCACCCGAUUCUCCAAGAGCAUUUCAUUAUGAUAUGAAGACAAAAGAGGGAAAACUUCUCCUCUCACAACUGGAUUCUUAUACACAUCACCCUAUCGUGGUGAAUUGGACUUCUUAUGCCAGUAGUAUAAAAGCAUUCCCAACAGAAAAUCAGGAAUUUACAGGUACUGCUUUUUUUGAUGAAUUCACCUUCUUGGAGCUCACAAGAGUCACAGGAAAUUACACAGUUUGUCAGAAAAAACUCUGCUGUCAUCUAAGCUACAAGAUGUCUGAAAAGAGAACAGAUGAAGUUUAUGCCCUAGGGGCGUUUGAUGGACUACAUGUUGUCGAAGGGAGGUAUUAUUUACAGAUUUGUACUCUGCUGAAGUGUAAAACAGCACAUGUACAUACUUGUGGUGGUGCAGUUGAAACUGCUUCUACCAGGUUUGACAUGUUUUCCCUCAGUGGUACUUUUGGAACCCAGUAUGUUUUCCCUGAGGUGUUGCUAAGUGAAACUCAGCUUGCACCCGGAGAAUUUCAGGUGUCAAGUGAUGGACGGUUGUUUAGCAUGAAGCCGCUAUCUGGACCCCUCUUGACUGUGACUCUGUUUGGGAGAAUAUAUGAGAAGGACCAGACAUUAAAGGCUUCAUCAGAUCCCAGGUCACAAGUACCAGGAGUAAUGCUCUUAGUCAUAAUACCAAUUGUGUGCUCAUUAAGUUGGUAGAAUAUUUUCAUUUGUUCUCUUUUAUUUUGUGUAAUUUAAAAAAUGAUGGAUGAGAAAAGAAUGAAGACCAUAACAGUGGUCAUGGUCUCUUGUACAAGCAAAUACAAGUAUAUUUUCAUAUAUAGUUCACUGUUUUUUAGACACACACACACACACCCCCCCCAGAUAAUAGAUGCCGGAUAAACUGUGACAUAAUUUUGAAAGUAAAAUGUAUAAAAUGAGAGUAACAGUUUUACCCAUAUUUUACAGGAUUUCUUGGGGUGAGAAUUAAAUAAUUGAAUACAUUUAAAGUCCUUAGGCAAGUUUCUGGGUCUGGUAUGUGUGCUAGCUAUUAUAACUGUGUGACUAUCACAAUAAAAGCACGUGUGAUAUAUUUAUUGCUAAAGUUAUAUUACUUCUGAUUGUCUAAAGUGUAAACAUUUUCUCAUGGCUUAGCCACCAUGCAUAUUUCAGUUAGAAAAUCAGUGAACUCAACCUUAGCAAAUUGGUUUUGGCUCCAUACCUAGCAAUAAUGUACUCUAGAAGGCAACUAGGCUUGCACCUAGGAAUCUAUUAGCACUUCUUCACAUUUUUGCACAUUUUUCAGUAUGUCUGUAGUGUUUUGCCUAUUUUAUCAGCCUACGAGCAUAUUAAUAGGGUGGUUCUAAACCAAGCACUUACUGAAUUUGAUUUUGUGAAGCCUGUGAGCUAAGAAAGUUUCUAAGUGGUUGAAAACCAAAGAAGAGUAAAAUGAAGAAUAAUAUUUCGUGACACAUGAAAAUGAUCUGAAACUCAAGUUUCAGUCUCCAUACCUAAAGCUUGAUUGAACACACCGCAUUCUUUAAGUAUUGUUGAUGGCUGUUCCUAUGCUAUGGUGCUGAAGUUGGGUUGUUAUGACACAGACCCUAUGGCCAGAAAAGCUGCAAAUAUUUACUGCCUGGCCUUUAAUAGAAACAGUUUGUUGACUCCUGCUCUGAAGUGUUAAGUAACAAUGGAGUUUAGUAUUGAAAACCUUUAAAACAUCUCAGUGGGCAAAUUGCCUUAAGUGUCUGUCUUGUAAUUCUUUCAUAAAAGGAGGAAUAAGAUCGUUUUAUUUGCUUUGUAUGAUAUGCCAUCACAGAUACACAUACACACAAAAGAUUACCCUGAUUAACUUACAACCAAAUGUGCUAAGUAGAUUAAUGCCCCAAAUAAGUGAAGAUAAUUUUUGAACAUGAUUGAUAUUUAUUUACUAUAAGAUACACAAAAGUCUUUGUUUUUUUUUGCAUUUAAUAUGUUCUAAAAUUCUGAGAGAAUGCAUAUUAGUUUUUAUUUUCAAAAUUUUCCUGGAAAUCAACUGAGAACUACUGAUAUGAACAUACUAUCUGAUAAUUUCCCCUGUGGCAAACUUACUAGCCUGUUUCAAAGUGAUUUUUCUUAAAGUUAAAUGUUACAAGUAGUGAAUCUAUUUUUUUCAAAAUGGUAUUUACUACAUCUGUACCCAGCUCUGAUUACUUGUUCAUUCUGGAUUUCUUUAAGCCAUAUGUAUGUAUUUUAUGAUAGUUUUGAUAUGCUUUUUAACUGUAAUUUUUAUUUCCUCUGCAUAAUUCAUGAUGCUCUUUUAAUACACACAUGGAAUCAUGGAAAUUCUCCAUGAUUAA